AUGUCGCUCCUUGGAGCAGGGGCACUGGGAGUUGCUAUCGUAUAUGCAGCUUCAAGGUCACCAAGAAUCAGAAGGUUCCUAGUGAAAUGUGGGAUAUACAACAGCCACCCAUUAGCAGACACCCUUGAACCACAUAUGAGGAGAGUAGCAAGGGCCAUGGAGCAUAUAAAUAUACUAUCAGUAGACGAUUUAUCAAACCAACAAAUCACAUGCCUCAUGGAACUUGCAAAAUUUUUCAAAGAAAAAAUAUCGCAAAAACAAAACUGCCAGUUACUAACAAAUAAUAUUAUGGUCACACUCUUCCAUGAACCAAGCACAAGAACGAGAUGUUCAUUCGAGGCAGCAAUGAUGAGACUCGGAGGGAAAGUAAUAUCAAUCUCAGAUCCAUCAACAUCAUCAGCAUCAAAGGGGGAAACGGAAGAGGACUCUGUGAAAGUACUCUCAUCAUAUGCAGACGUAGUAGUCAUGAGACAUUCACAAAAGGGUGUCAUGCAAAGGGUAAAGGAACAUGUAAAAGUACCAUUGAUCAAUGCCGGAGAUGGUUGUGGUGAACACCCAAGCCAGGCCCUACUAGACCUAUACACAAUAUCCACAUACUUCCCAGUAUUAGACAAAGAAACGGAACAAUCUCCAUUCACAAUAUGCUUUGUAGGUGAUCUGAAAAAUGGUAGAACGGCACACUCACUCGCAAAACUACUAAGCAGGUUUAACGUAAUCAUGAGAUAUGUCGCACCAACGCAAUUACAAAUGCCAACAGAAAUACAAAGGGAAGUAGAAAUCAACUUCGCAAAAUAUAAUAUACCCGACCUGCCAUUCCCGAGGCAAACCAGCUUCAGCAAACUAGAAGAUGCCUGCGAAGGAACAGAUGUCAUAUACGUUACAAGGCUGCAGAAGGAAAGGAUGGAUGAAAAGGGGGUAAAAGAAGUCGCAGGAUCAUAUGGAAUUGAAAAAACACUUCUCUCGAAAUUGAUGAAACAUGUUAAAAUCAUGCACCCACUACCAAGAAUAGAUGAACUGCCGCAAGAAAUAGAUAAUGAUGAAAGAGCGAUAUAUUUUGAACAAGCAGAAAAUGGCCUAUACGUGAGAAUGGCAAUGCUAUACCUCAUACUACGUUAG